UUUUGGUUGGAAAUACGUCAUACGAAAUUUAAAUUUUUUUGGAUAACUAAAGUUGAAUAUUGACGUUUAGAGGUGUUUACUUCAAGUAAGUUUAAUUCAAGUCUUUUAAUGGCAGGAGAAGUUAUAGUUGAUGCACUACCAUAUAUUGACCAAGGAUACGAUGAACCUGGAGUUAGAGAAGCAGCUUUGGCCAUGGUUGAAGAAGAAACCCGACGUUAUAGGCCUACAAAGAAUUAUUUGGAGCACUUGCCACCGUUACAUAUUACUGCUUUUGAAACAGAGGUGAUGAAACAUGAGUUUGAGCGAAUGCAAAAUCGUUUACCAAUGGAAGUGCUUAGUAUGAAACGCUACGAGUUACCUCCACCUCCGCCAGGUAAAAUGAACGAUCUUGCAGCAUGGAAUGAAAGCGUAAAAAAUAGCAGUGCACAAUUGGAACAUCAGGCUACGAGAAUCUGUAAUCUUGAGUUAAUGAUGGAAUAUGGUUGCGAAGCAUGGAAGUCUUAUUUAGAAAUAUUGGUGCAACUAGUGAGUCAAGCCCAAAAACAGCUACAAGCAUUAAGGAAAAAAAUUCAGGAGGUCAAUUGGCAAAGAAAAUCUAUGCAAACUCAAGGAGGGGAGAAAUUACGGGCAUUAGAGGCACAGUGGGUAGGACUUGUAUCGAAGAAUUACGAGAUUGAACAAGCAUGUGUUCAUUUGGAAGAGGAAAUACAAAAGUCUAUGAUGAACAAGGGAGAGGGUGUAGAAAUUAAUGACGUACCAGGAGAGGAGGAACCUGACGUUCCGGAGAAAAGUGCAACAGAGGUUAUGGCAACAGAAAUGGAUCAACAAGAACAAGAAAAUCAAGAACCUUAAAAAAUGUAUAAAAUUGUGAAUAAUAAUCAUAUUUUGUAUUAUUGUAGUCAUUAAAUGCAUUAUUUAAAUAUAUUACUUAUAUUUAUAAAUCGUCCAUGAAUUAUUGACUCUAUCCUUCGGUUCGUCAUUUUCGAAAUAGGUUAUGUUACAUAAAAGUAUACGUAACGCAUUGCGGAGUAGAAGUCUUCCUUUUUUAUAAAUUAUUUUUUGAAUAAGAACACUAACAUACGCCAAAAGCUGAAUUUGAGCAAUGUAUAAGAACAGUAAAAGAUAAUUUAUUAAAAAUUAGCUGUUAAUAUUUCGUUAUUGGUGUUGAAAUAUCAUUGAACAGUUAACAGAUAAUUGAUAAAAUGUAUGGUAUGUCGUGGUUUCGCUAUAUUUCUCUUUGGACAUUGUCAUUUAUUUCCACGGCAUGUGGUUCGCAAGCUGUACAUUUAAUAUACAGACCGCUCGACGAUUUGGAUGACUUGAUAGAAGAGGCAUUUCAAAAUCGACUGUUAGAAUUACAAAAUCAAAAGUAAUUAUAUAGUUGUAGUAUAUUUAAAUAAAUUCAUUUUAUGGAGCAA